UGCAUCCGGGAUCUGACCUCAACCAUCAAACAAUUACGAGCGCGAGUUGGUUCUCAUACACACUUCUGCGAGUGCGACAGGGCUGUGUGAAGGGAACAGUGAGCGCCUAUGUCUCCGAACAGAAGGCAGGCUUUCCUCUUUUACCCAAUUUUAGAUUUGGAGGGGCUCUGGCAGCCUAUAGGAUCCGUUAUAUUACAGGACCUGGGGUGAAUAUCGACCCCACACAUGCUGCCGUUGAACUACCUUCCAAACUCUGUGAACUACCUACUGGGGACAACUGAUCCUGUAGGGCUGAAGCGGGAUCUUGUGUCGACACGAGAACACAUCUAGAGGUACAUAAAAAGGGAGGAAGCUGUUGAUCAAAACAAGAAUUUGUGCAGAGGUCAUGUCAACGACUCUUCGGUGACCAGUACAGCACAUCUUGUCUAUCGCCAAGCUAACACCAUGAAGUUCGAGAGCAUUCUCUCGGAGAUCAACGGGUUUGGAAAGUUCCAGAUCAUGAUCGUUCUCAUCCAGUCGGUAUCACGCAUCACCCUGCCUGCUCAUUUCCUGUUGAAUAUUUUCAUAGCGGCUGUGCCACCUCACCAUUGUGAUACUGAUGGCUGGCUUGCAGAAGACCUUGUCUUUAAGAAUCUGACUCUUGACCAGAAGCGGAAUGUUAGUUUUCCAGUCGAGAAGGAUGGGUCAACAUCGUCCUGUCUCGUGUACUCCAAGCCCCAGUACCACCUACUCUUCAACGACUCCAACGCCACCAACCCUGCCACGGAGCCAUGCAAAGGAUGGGUUUAUGACAACAGCACAUUCAAAAGCACCUUGGCCACAGAGUGGGAUUUGGUAUGCACAAACAAGGGGAUGAACAAAGCCACAGCCACCAUCUUUUUCAUUGGCAUCAUGAUGGGAGCUCCAGUCUUUGGUCUCCUUAGUGACAGGUUUGGCCGGAGGCCUUUGCUGAUGGUGUCCUACCUCUUGACUAUGCUCUUCUCGGUGGUUAGUGCACUCUCCACCUCCUAUGUGAUGUUUAUGAUCAUGCGCUUCCUCACUGGGUUCACCAUCACUGGGAUCAGCAUCAUCUCCAUUGUGCUCAGUGUGGAGUGGUUUGACGUUGAGCACAGGACGUUUGCUGGCAUCAUCGUGAGCCUGGACUGGACCAUAGGGAACCUGAUGCUUGCUGGAGUGGCAUGGCUGGUUAAUGACUGGCGCUGGCUGAUCAUCGCUGUUACAUCCCCUCUCCUCUUGUCUGUAGUUCUGUGGUGGUGGCUGCCAGAAUCAGCCCGCUGGCUGAUCACCCGUGGGAAAACCGAACAGGCUCAUAUAUAUCUGCAGAGAUGUGCCGAGAUGAACAAAUGCAAAGCUGACUUCACGCCAGAGACAUUGGCCAAUGCAGUGACUGUGGAGCGGGACCGGAAGUAUACUGUCGUUGACCUUCUGAAAACUCCCAACAUCCGUAAAUUAGCCAUUUGUACUGGAAUAGUGUGGUUUGGUGUGGCUUUUACAUAUUAUGGAAUCAGUCUAAAUGUCACUGGCUUCGGCCUCAACAUCUACAUCACCCAGUUCAUAUAUGCCUUCAUCGAAAUGCCCGGGAAGAUCGGUGUUUACUACUUUCUCAAUAAAAUUGGACGAAGACCUGGUCAGGUGUGGACCCUGCUUCUGACGGGUGUCUGCCUGAUCAUUAACAUGUUUGUGCCUUCAGAUUUGUGGAUCGUCCGCACCGUGGUGGCUGUGCUGGGGAAGGGUCUGUCUGAAGCUUCCUUCACCAUAAUGUUCUUGUACACAACCGAACUGUACCCAACUGUAGUCAGACAGAAUGGAAUUGGAUACACCUCCUUCAUUGCUCGGAUGGGUGUAGCCAUUGCGCCUCUGAUAAUCUUAUUGGAGGAUGUGUGGAAUCUCCUCCCAGACGUGGUGUUCUGUUCUGUUGCCGUGACAGCUGGACUUGUCGCCUGUCUUCUCCCAGAGACACGAGAUGCUCGUCUGCCUGAGUUCAUUGAGGACAUUGAAGAAUCAAGGUUGGCUCAACAACCGGAGCUCCCAAGCACCCCAGAUCUCACUCGGUCCCUCAGUCCCCAAGAAAAUGGAAGUUUCACUACUGAUAAAUGCAAGAUGAAGUUUGAGGAUGUUCUGGUGGAGGUCGAUGGGUUUGGACGAUUCCAGAAGUUAAUCCUGAGUCUGAGCUUUCUGGGCCGUUUCACUUUACCUUGUCACUUCAUGUUAACUAACUUCAUAGCGGCCGUCCCAUCACAUCACUGUGACUUCAGUGGUCUGGAUACGGAAGGCGUCUUUGAGAAUCUGACUGCGGAGCAGAGGCUGGCGGUCAGUAUCCCGACACGGGCAGAUGGGAUACCCUCCUCGUGUCUGAUGUUCCCAGAGCCCCAGUUCCACCUGCUACUCAACUCCUCCAACACCGCGACCCUCCCUGCAGGGCCAUGCCAGAAUGGAUGGGUGUUUGACAACAGCACUUUCAGAAGCACCCUGGCCUCUGAGUGGGACUUGGUGUGUGAGAGUAAAGGGUUGAAUAAAGCCACAGCCACCAUUUUCUUCGUAGGGGUGAUGUUUGGAGCUGUUACUUAUGGAAUUCUCAGUGAUAGAUAUGGACGUAGGCCAAUGCUGUUGGUCUCGUAUGUGUCAGGGAUGGGCUUUGCAUUGAUCAGUGCUUUCUCGACCUCCUACAUAAUGUUUGCUGUACUGCGAUUCCUCACUGGUUUUAGCAUCACGGGCAUCGUCAUUGUUUCCUCAGUGCUCAAUGUGGAAUGGGUGGAUGUUGAAAGCAGAAAGCUAGUAGGUGUGGUGGACAGCCUGUCAUGGACAUUUGGGGGAGUCUUUUUCCCCCUUAUUGCUUAUGGGUUUAGAGACUGGAGGUGGCUCACCAUUGCUGUGACUGUCCCUCUUAUUCCAGCCAUCAUAUCUUGGAGGUGGUAUCCAGAAUCAGCAAGGUGGUUAAUUGCCAGUGGGCAGCUGAAGAAGGCUCAGUUUUACCUUCAGAAAUGUGCCAAGAUGAACAAGAGAGAGGUUACCUCAUCAACCAAAGCGGAGAAUCUCGCCUUCAUUGUGGUGAAUGAGAAAGGAAGUAGAAAGUACUCGUUUUUGGAUCUAGUGAGGACUCCCAAGAUGAGAAAACUGGCAAUGUUAACAGGCAUGACAUGGUUUGGAGUUGCAGCAACAGCCUAUGGGAUUGGUUUUAAUAUCACAGGAUUUGGAAUAAAUUUUUACCUCACCCAGUUCAUAUAUACUGCCACUGAAAUUCCUGCCAAACUCUUGGUAUACUACCUGCUGGAAAAGUUUGGCCGUCGCAAGACUGAAGCUGGUUCUCUGCUAUUGACAGGUGUCUGUCUGGGCAUCAACAUAUUUAUAUCCAAAGAUCUCAGAAUGGUUCGAACUGUAGUCGCAGUUCUGGCUAAAGGUUUUUCUGCUGUGUCUUUUUGUACAAUAGUUCUGUACAGCUCAGAGCUCUAUCCCACAGUCAUCAGGCAAAAUGGAAUGGGGUACAACUCCUUUAUGGCACGGGUAGGGGUGGCCUCGGCUCCUCUGAUCCUGCUCUUAGAGGAAGUUUGGACAAGCCUCGCCCAGGUCGUCCUGUGCUCCAUUGCUAUUUUAACCAGCAUAGUGGCCUGUUUUCUUCCCGAGACACGGGGCAAGUGUCUUCCGGAGACCAUUGAGGAUAUUGAAGGGAAAAGGGGUGACCCUGUUGGAUCUCCGUCUAUGAAGAUAGAAGAAACACAACAUGGAUUAUGAAGAACCAACCUUCAUCCCAGACAGACGUAUAGACUGAAGUGAAUGUCCUCCAGCACAGUGCUGGCCAUUUGGGUGCCCUAAG